AUCAGUCUGUCUCUCCCGCCUCCAGAGUCCAAGGGUUCAAGUGGUGGGUGGUUUGAGCUGUGCUGGGCACUGUAGAGGGAGUCGGCGCAGGAGAAGGUUGGUGGGUAAGCAGCAUGGGAUUCGAGGAGCUGCUAGACAAGGUGGGCGGCUUUGGGCCCUUCCAGCUGCGGAACGUGGCCCUGCUGGCCCUGCCCCGGGUGCUGCUGCCCAUGCACUUCCUCCUGCCCAUCUUCCUGGCUGCUGUGCCGGCCCACCGCUGUGCCCUGCCUGGGGCCCCGGACAACUUCAGCAACCAGGAUGCAUGGCUGGAGGCCCACCUGCCCCGGGAACCUGACGGCAGUCUCAGCGCCUGCCUCCGCUUCACCCAUCCGCAGGCCCUCCCCAACAGCACGUUGUGGGGAGAGGGGCAGAACUCUGGGGAGCAACCAGAGGGCGAGCCCUCCACAGUGCCCUGUCCUCAGGGCUGGGAGUACAACCACUCGGAAUUCUCCUCCACCAUUGCAACUGAGUGGGACCUUGUGUGUGAGCAGAAAGGCCUGAACAAAGCCAUUUCCACCUUCUUCUUCGCCGGUGUGCUGGUGGGGGCCGUGGUCUAUGGAUACCUGUCUGACAGGUUUGGGCGGCGCCGCCUGCUGCUGGUGGCCUACGUGAGCUCCCUGGUGCUGGGCCUGGCGUCUGCAGCCUCGGUCAGCUACAUCAUGUUUGCCAUCACUCGAACCCUCACUGGCAUGGCUUUGGCUGGCUUCACCAUCAUUGUGAUGCCACUGGAACUGGAGUGGCUGGACGUGAGACACCGGACCGUGGCAGGUGUCCUGAGCAGCACCUUCUGGACAGGGGGUGUGAUGCUGUUGGCACUGAUCAGCUACCUGAUACGGGAUUGGCGAUGGCUCCUGCUGACUGUCACCCUGCCUUGUGUCCCAGGCAUCCUUACCCUCUGGUGGGUGCCUGAAUCUGCUCGCUGGCUUCUGACCCAGGGCCGUGUGGAAGAGGCCCACAGGUACCUGCUCCGCUGUGCCAGGCUCAAUGGGCGGCCUGUGGGUGAGGACAGCCUGAGCCGGGAGGCCCUGAACAAAGUGGCUGCCGCGGAGCGGAUGGUCCGAAGACCCUCGUAUUUAGACCUGUUCCGGACACCACGGCUGCGAUACAUCUCACUGUGCUGCAUGGUGGUGUGGUUUGGAGUGAACUUCUCUUACUACGGCGUGAGCCUGGACUUGUCGGGACUAGGCCUGAACAUGUACCUGACGCAGCUGGUGUUCGGGGCCGUGGAGCUGCCCUCCAAGCUGCUGGUCUAUCUGUCGGUGCGCCACGCGGGACGCCGCCUCACGAUGGCGGGAACGCUGCUUGGCGCCGCGCUCGCCGUGGGCUUCAGGAUACUGGUGUCCCCCGAGAUGAAGAACUGGAGCACCGCCCUGGCGGUGAUGGGGAAAGGUUUUUCUGAAGCUGCCUUCACCACUGUCUACCUGUUCACGUCGGAGUUGUACCCUACCGUCCUCAGACAGACGGGGAUGGGGCUGACUGCACUGGUGGGCCGGCUAGGGGGGUCUUUGGCCCCACUGGCAGCCUUGCUGGACGGAGUAUGGCUGUCAUUGCCCAAGCUCGCUUAUGGGGGGAUCGCCCUGCUGGCUGCCUGCACUACCCUCCUGCUACCAGAGACAAAGCAGGCACAGUUGCCAGAGACCAUCCAAGAUGUGGAGAGGAAGAGUGCCCCAUCCAGUCUUCAGGAGGAAGAGAUGCCCAUGAAGCAGGUCCAGGACUGAGUGGUAUUGAGGGCAGGCCCUCUACAGAAGUUCUGCAGCAGGGGCUAAGAGAACAGAAGGGCAGGCCCUGGGGCUGGGGCUGGAGGCAGCGAGCCCCCUGCCUGGGGCUGCAGUUGCUCUCUCUCUGUUCUCAUCCAGCCUGACUAUUUGGCCUCCAGUAACACAGCAGCUUCCCAGAAUGUAGUGGCUGCUGGAGAAGUCUAGCACCCCUCUCAUGGCUGGGAGGAUUUUGUAAAUACAGGUGCCCCUGGAGCUGUGAGAUAAGCCCUGGACGAAAAGCCACUGAGUCUGGCCUUGGGUUCUGGUCCCAGCUUUGUCACUGACUUCUGGGUGACCUUGGGCUUGUGACUUUCCCUUUCUGGUCAUCUCUCAAAUGGAUAAUGAAGCCUCUUAGCAGACCUCACCACAGGAUCUAUCUCCUCUCAUGCUCAAAUGAGAUGCUAAGGUGCU